GUGUAGCGCUCGAGCAGGGGGGGAGAAAGUGGAAAAAAAAAAAGAUGGCGAGAGGCUCCCGGUGUUUGCGGAGAGCGGUAGCGGAGUGUAUUAAACAGUUACCUUUCACAGCGACUCGAGAAACACCGGGCAGGAAUGGAGUCAGAUAUCUGUCAUCGUGUGGCAUCCUGAUGACCAGAGUGCCUCCCCUGUUGCGUAUGACUGCGUGUGGCCGUCCUGCACUCUAUCCAACCAGAAGCUUUUUCAAUCUCGCUGAUUCCUUUAACAAGAGGAAAGAGUACUCCGAGAGACGCAUCAUUGGGUAUUCCAUGCAAGAGAUGUAUGAGGUAGUAUCCAAGGUGGAAGACUAUCUUCACUUUGUGCCCUGGUGCAAGCGCUCUGACGUCGUGUUCCGGCGUUCUGGUUUCUGUAAGGCCAAGCUCACAGUGGGCUUUCCUCCAAUGGUGGAGAAUUACACAUCUCUUGUUUCAACAGUGCGCCCCCAUUUGGUGAAGGCAUCAUGUUCAGACGGUAAAUUGUUCAAUCACCUGGAGACGGUGUGGCGAUUUAGUCCUGGCCUACCUGGCUACCCCCGUACGUGCACUCUGGACUUUGCUAUUUCCUUCGAAUUCCGCUCCCUGCUGCAUUCGCAGUUGGCCACGGUCUUUUUCGAUGAAGUAGUCAAGCAGAUGGUAUCAGCGUUCGAACGAAGGGCCUGCAAACUCUACGGUCCCGAGACCCAGAUCCCACGCGAGCUGAUGUUCCAUGAGAUCCACCACACGUAGCGCCUCUCCAUACAUAGAGGCUUCCAGGGCGGGAGGGCAUUAAGGGAAUUCUGGUAAAGGGUGCUUUCGGAGAGGGGACGUUAACAAACACAACUUCACGUGCCUCAGUAUCUGCAGUGCCUGGUCCAAACAAAAAAAAAAAGUUUGAUUUUACAUUUUUAUCCUAAGUUAUUUUUGGGGGCUGGAACAAUUUUUCGGAGGCAUGGCGUUGUAAGGCGAGUUAAAUGCGUAGCUGCAUCACUCCAUCUCUGAUCAUAUUUUAGAACUGCGUUGUGAGCCAUAAUGCGUAAUGGCAGCUGGAAUAUGUGGAAAGUCUGUCAAGAGCUCAGUGAAAAGAUAUUGACCAGUUUUGUAAAAAGGAGAUGGAGAGGGUUGUUUGGCAUGUGUGGGAUUGGGAUUUCAGUAGGAUUGAACCAGGCCUGUUUUUCACAGGGGUCUACGUUUCUUUUUUUUCCCCCGAAUCGUCUUGUAAGCUUUUGGUCUGUGUGUUUAUGUAAUAAAACAAACACACAAAAACAGUAUAAGAAGACCUGGACUUGUCCAGUAUGGGUGGUGUGCAUCAUGCAGCAGCCAUAAUCAGAACCAGUAUUUUUUUUUUCUUUCACAAACUUCCAAGAAGAGAUUGCGCGUGCCCUGUAUAUAAAGGGUACACUGUAAGUACGUGUUGCUGCGCUGGCUGGAUGCAUGCAUUCAGUGUCUUGUAUCUAAGACCAACGGGCAGCAAUACCUUCACACCAGCAACAGUAGGGAUUUCCAUGACAUGUGCUUUGCGAAACCGAACCGAUUACAUACACUUCACGUGCACAGCGAUAACGUUUCCCGCCUGUGCAGUGUGGGGACAUGCUUGCCAAAUCCGGAGGAGGUAUGUGAAGUCGGCACAUGUAUAUAGUUUUAACUGCUGAACGUUCAUCGAUGGGAGCACGAUACGUAUCAUCUUCUGGUGUCUCAAUAAGUGUCCAGAUCAAAGGACGAAAUGUUUUAUUGUAAAUGUGUGCAAUAUGUUUGUAAAGUUUUUUUUUUAACAGAUAGAUCCUUCCGACUUUACUAAACGGGCCCAAACUCAGGGGGCUGAUGGGACAAUACACUUCAUGGCUCUCGUGAGAUUGCUGUAUAGUGAGGUAUCUGCUUAGACCUUCGAGAUUCCGCUCAACCUGCAUGCCCUUUCUGCUUUUGAACCCAGCACAUCACAUAUUUAUCAUUGUCUUCAAAACAUAUAUUCAUAGACAUCGUAUAUUUAUUUUGGAUAUGGGUAAACCACAUGUAUAUAUCUAAUGUAAGACCACAGACUAGUCUACGGUGUAUGAUAUUGUUUUUGUUUCUUGUAGUAAGAUUUAUUUUAGUAGUUUUGAUUGGGGUGUUCAAUGAGCGUGAUGGCGAGUAUGUAUCCUGCCUGCAUGGUUUAUAAACUAUUUUUAUAUUAAAAAAAGAAAUUCAGGCUU